UUUUUUUUUUUUUUUUUAUUUUGAUUUUCCAGAUCUAUUCUUGUAAAUAUAGAUGCUGUUGCAUUUGGUGUUGAGGCUGUGUAGAAAAUGGUUAGUUUUUUUAGUCCUUUUUUUUAUUUGUUCUAGUGUUGUUUUACGGCUGUUUUGCCAUGAUUUAUUUAUUUGACAUCAAUUUCACUGUUCUUGCUCCAUCUAGCCAGAAUUGAUGGUUGUUUUCUAAGUGUUCUCGUAUUGAUGUGGUGGUUUUAUACGUGUGUGUGGAAGAUUGAGGCUAUAAAUAUAUUUCUUCUUCCUUCUCUAUGACUGUGUUUGUGUUUUUUUAUUCUGAUUCUUCUAUAAAUACAUUUGACAAGCUCAUUGACAAAUUUUUUUUUAGGAGUGUGGUUCUUUUAUAUUUUUUUAAGUGGUUAUAUCUGCUUCAUUGAAUUACAUUUGUUUUUGUGUUAUUUUAAUAGUUUUUUUAUUAUGAUUUUCUAGGACUGUACUUGCAAAUAUAGCCGCUAUUAUAUCUUAAAAUAGGUUGCGCAGAAGAUGGUUAGCUUUUUUUCAAUCCUUUUUUUCUUUUUUUUUUUUUUAAUUUGUUUUAGUGUUGUUUUACAAUUGUUUUGCCAUAAUUAUUUAUUUGAUGUCGAUUUCUCUAUUUUUGUUCCAUCUUGCCAAAAUUAAUUAUUGUUUUCAAGUGUUCUCGUAUUGCUGAGUAAUUUUAUCUGUGAGUGUGGAAGAUAGAUGCUUGAUAUGUGAUUUUUGGCAUCUACAGUAUAAAAGAAAAGAAAAAAAAAAAGCAAAGACAGUAUAAAUGUAAUUUUUAACGUGUAACAUUAUAAAUGUAAACAUUUACUAAAAAUUCAGUAUUUUUGUAAGUUUCCUUUACUAAUGUGAGGGCUAUAGUUCUUAUUGGGCCGGGCUAUAGUUCUUGCUGUGGUAUUCAUUGGGCCGAACGUAAGUCCAAUUCCAUUGAUGGAUAGAUAUCAUAGUUUUCAUAGAAGAGAACACAAGGGAUUAGGGUUUAGGAUUAUAUAGGUUACCCAAACCAUCUAAAACGGCCUCCUGAGAUUGAAGGUUGAGAACCGAGAAGGGCACCUCACCUCAGGUCGACAACCAUGGUGCAUGUCAAUUUUUACCGGAAUUAUGGUAAAACCUUCAAGAAGCCUAGACGUCCUUACGAGAAGGAGCGUUUGGACGCUGAGUUGAAGCUCGUCGGAGAGUAUGGUCUCCGGUGUAAGAGAGAGUUGUGGAGGGUUCAGUAUGUGCUGAGCCGAAUCCGUAACAAUGCUAGAAUGCUUCUGACACUCGACGAGAAAAACCCACGUCGGAUUUUUGAGGGAGAGGCCCUUCUGAGGAGGAUGAACAGAUACGGAUUGUUGGAUGAGAGCCAGAACAAGCUCGAUUACGUUCUUGCUCUUACUGUCGAGAACUUUUUGGAGCGUCGUCUUCAGACCCUUGUCUUCAAGUCCGGUAUGGCUAAGUCAAUCCACCAUGCCCGAGUUCUUAUCAGGCAAAGGCACAUUAGAGUUGGAAGGCAGGUAGUUAACAUUCCUUCAUUCAUGGUGAGGGUUGACUCUCAGAAGCACAUUGAUUUCUCUCUCACAAGUCCCUUCGGAGGUGGUCGCCCUGGCCGUGUGAAGCGAAAGAACCAAAAGGCAGCUGCCAAGAAGGCUUCUGGUGGAGAUGGAGAUGAGGAAGACGAAGAGUGAAGAUCAUAGUUGUACUAAGUGAGUCUUUUUUGUCCAAGAUUAUCAUUCUCUGUUCUCUGUUAAAUUUUGUGGAUUAUGUUGACUCUAUCGUAGAACAUGUUAUGAUCAUAGGAAGUUUUGCUUGCUGUGCUGUAGUUUUUUUCUUUUACAAUUUGAUAACUAGAUGGCUUCUUAGAUCAUAAUGAGACUUUAUUUCAGUUGUUGAUGAUUUUAGACACC